UUAGUUAGUGAUAAAUUAAAAUUAGAAGAAGUCCAAAGUAAAAUUAAACAACAAUGUAAUGAAUUAUUACAGAAAAAUAUUUCAUUAGAAAAUCACUGUGAAAAAAGGGAGCAAGCAUUUGAUGGCCAAACAAAUUUAAUUAGCAAAUUAGAAAACAGUAUCACUGUUUUAAAUGAAAAGUUAAAUAAUUAUGUGGAAAUUGAAGAAGAAAAUAACAAAUUACUAAAACAAAUAAAAUUGUGUUCUAAACAAAUGGAAACUUAUGAAAAUGAACGAGAAGUAUAUGUACAAAGAUUACAAAACAUGCAGAAAGAAGAAAAUGAAUUCAAAAACAAUAUAAAAGAUUUAAAGCAAGAAAUGGAUGUAAAAAAUAGCGAAAUUAACAAACUUACCGAAAACUGUACUAUUUUGAACUCGAAAAAUGCAUUGUUAUCUACUAAUGUAGAUAAUUUAAAAACAAACUUCACCAAUUGCCUAAAACUUUUAGAUGAAAUGUUUGAAAAUUAUGUAAAACAUAAUGCAGUAAUAGAAAAUAAUGAACCACCUUUAAAAAUUAUCCCUUUAAUAAAUGAAACAUUUGAAUUGUUUGAACACACUUUAGMUGAAUAUAAAUUAUUUAAAUUAUCAUCUGAAAAUUCUAAAAUUACUUUAAAAGAUGAAAUUAACCAAAAAGAAAAAAUAAUUUUGUCAUUAAAGGAUAAAUUAGAUAACUAUAAACAGGAAAUCUUUAAAAAUGAAAUGACUAACACUAAUUAUUCUGAGAUAAAGAAGUCUGCAGGGAACACAGAUCUUAAGCAAACUCUAAGUGAGAACAUAAAUAAUCGUCAACUAACAAUAAAUUCUGAACUCAAAAAAAACUUAAAAUAUAUUUAUACAAUUAAGAAUGACAUAUUGCCAAAACAAAAACUUUUAGUAUCUGAAUGCAUGGAAUUUAUGUUWAAAAAAAUUGAAGAAAUUGAAUGUUUAAAUAUUUCCAAAAAUUGUUUCAUAGAAAAUAUACAUACACAAUUUUUAAAUUUGAAAAAAGAAAUAGUGUGCAAAAAUUUAAACAUUAAAGAACUAAAAACAGAAGUAUUAAAUCUAAAAGAAUUAGUCAAAACAAAAGAUGCACUGUGCAAUGACAUGAAUAUAGAAUUGCAACAGUUAAAAGAAAACUUAGAUGAUGCAAGAACUACGUCAAUUGGUAAAGAAGACAAUAUUUAUAAAAUGCCUGAAAUAGAUGAAAGUCAAGAAGAUCGUUCACAAAAGUUGAAGGCCAUUGCUAUAAAACAAAAAAAACAAAUAGCUGAUUUAAAACAGWCUCUUGAAAAUGAAAUCAAGAAGCAUAGUUUAGAAAAAAGUGAUUUAAUGAAUAAGGUGAUGAGCUUAGCUGAACAAGGCAAACUUGCUCGAAAUGCUGAGUCAUUAUUAAACGAAAAAGAAAAUCAUUUAAAAGAAUGCCAAGCAGCUUUAAAUCAAGAAAAUAUAUCAAAUACAAAUUUAACUAAUAAAUAUGAUGAAUUACAAAAACUAUAUGAAACURAAAAAGAAAACUAUCAAUUGCAACACUCACAGCUCACAGAAAAAAUUCGACGAAUGCAAGUAGAAAUAAAAACAGCAAAUGAGUCUAUUUCAAAAUACACAGAAGAAAAUCAAAGUCUCCUUGACGAAUUUGAAGCAUAUAAAGUAAGAGCUCAUAGUGUUUUUCAAAAACACAAACAAGACACUGUGUAUCAUGCCAAAGUUGCAGAAUUAAAUGAACAACUACAAGAAGUUACCAAAACUUUAAAUCUCUCAAAAAUAAAUUUACAAAGUGUGUCGUCAGAAUUAUCUCAUAGAAAUAUAGAAAUGACCAUGUUACAAAAAGAAAUAGAUAAAUAUGAAAAGAAAUUAAGUAAUUUGAACAAGACUAUGUCAACAAAAGACAAAGAAAUAUAUCAUUUGAGUAACGAAAUUGAAAAUAUGAAAUCCUUAUUGGAAAAAGAGAAGGCAUCUCUUAAUGUUAGUUUAGUAUGAUCAAAUAAUUAUUUAUACAGCUGAUUUUGCAUAUUAGGGA